GUAUAUAAUAGUAUAUGAGGUAUUUAUAGCCAUGGCAUUUAAUGAAGCAGCAGUCUGUCAGUGAACCCACCCCUGUGUCUCAGACCUAAUGGAUUCAGAAACAUGGUCCAUGACCUUUGUUUCAUAAAGUUCUUGGCUCUGUGACUGUCAAAUGUUGUAAAUCUAUACUGUUAAUACCAUCACAACUUUGUUUGACCGGAAGCUAAAUGUUUUGAGCGUUGAGCGCGCGUCUUUCAUGGCCGUAGCCACGAAGCGGAGCGGAGCCGGGACCAACGUGGCAUUAACACCGGCCCACGUUGUUUCCUUCAGACGAGGUGACGCAUGGAGCCCAGUAAAUCUCAUUACGCUGAGAUUUGUCAUGAGACUAAAUGUCCAGCCAGGAUUUAAUAUUCUGGACACUUUUGAUGGAGUGCAUGCGAGUAUACUGUAUGGUGCUACAUUUGUGUGUCAGCCGACCGGCGUGUUGCUUGCACACACCCCUCUCCAAAUUAUUACCUUGGCUAGUUGAUCUGAUGGUGUAAUAAUAUCUCCUGCCUCUGGCUACAGGAAAUGGCCACAUGCAUUAUUCACACAUGCUAAGAUGCUUAUUGAUGACUCCUUUAUUUAUAUAUUUCCGCCGGAGUCUUUUCUUUUAUGUUUUCUACCUUUGCAUACCUUUAUGGCUCACUCACAGCUUUCUGGCGGCUUAUGCAUCUUUGAUGUUCUUUAUGCUACUGGAGGGUUUGGCGCAAGCUCUGUGGAGAACACGACACGUUGGGCUCAACCCUUAUUUGAUAUAGGCUUGUGUGCGACCUACACUGAAGCUGGUUCACGUUUUUUAGAAAAGUGAAGUUCUUUGAUUAGUGGGACACACACCAGCUAUUUGCUUUGGAGCUAAUUCUCUUUUUUUAGUUUAGAUCCAUCCAAAGGGGUUUAAAGCUACUGGGCUUUUGCUGGGUUCUCCCACCUGUAAACCUGUAGAUUUGCUUCUGACUGACAAUCAUGUACAGCAGUGGCCAUUUUAGGAAAACUAAAACGAUCUAUUGAAUAGUGUCCUACUGUGUCCUGCUUUCAGUUAAAGGCAGUUGAUGCUUCCCACCAGCCUACAGUAACAUCUGUGAUUAAAGAGAAAAGAAGGAAGUUCUAGGAGAGGUCAGGAAGUGAGUAAGAAUAGGCGAUGGAGGAGACUAAUUUUGCCACUCCAUAUUUAAUGCACGGGUAAUGGUAGCCCUCUCUGUAGUCUCUGCCUCACCACAGAUCUCCUGCCAGAUCCAGUGGGCUGCCCACACACACACACACACACACACACACACACACACACACACACACACACACACACACACACACACACACACACACACACACACACAAGCGCGUGUUGCCACAGCUUCAGGCUGAAAAAGUAGUUCACCACAGUGACUGGCCCAAAUAGGGGAAGAGAGCAUGACACAUAAGCAAUCAACGUUUGACCCAAGGAGUAUUUUUAUUUCUUCUUCCCUCCGUCUCACUUUCCUCUUUUUCUCCGUAUCCUUUUUCUGCUUUGCUGCAGCUUUAGUGACUGCGCAUCAGGAAUACGUCAGUCAUUAAACGCUGCCUCACCGUUACGGUGAAUCUGGCCACUGUGGGUCGCGCAGCGUGUUCCAGUGAUAAAUAGCAUAAAUCACUUUUGCAGCAUAGACAACCCUUUUUCACCGUGACUCAUCUUCUAUUUCAGCGAUUGCAAUCAGUGUGACGAGAGAGAAAAAAGCCCAAACUUGUUGCACGGCCCACGUACGACGUGCAAUAAAACCGAGAGUGCAGCAGCUGAGGUUUAUUCUUGUACAGAGAAGAAUAAUUUUAAUUUUCUAAUAAUUAACUUUCAAUUAAACAAGGCCCAUUUCUGUUUUUAGAUUGUUUAAUAUGCUUUGACGUGUUCACGACUUUACAAAAGAGAAACCAUUUAUUUCAAGGCACACGUGCCACCAUCAGGCAGCUAAUUCUUAUCAUAUAUGAUGGGUUCCUAUUAAAUAUAAUGGCUUUUAGCUCAUUUAGUUCUGGCUGUAGGGUCUUAAAGGGCUGUUUCUCACCAAUGCAUGAAGCCAACUCAGCCUACAGUAUCAGUCCAGCAGACACACACAAAUAUCGGUUUUUGACUCGCACUGACUCUAACAUCCACUAGUCAGCUCAGCUGUGAAGAGGAGCUCCACGCACCCAAAGCUGCCUGUUUAGAGAGAAGUGCCUUCUUUCGUUGACCCCCGUGGCUGUUUGGCUCUGCCGAAGCCGCCUCUGCCCCCGUGCCUGCUCAUGUCUGCUGGAGCUGCCAGCCACAACAGGAGCCCCAGGACUGCCACGACUGCCAGCCCCAUCCGCUGAGCCAGGCUCCACACCGCCGACACCGCUCUCCUUCCCUCCGUCUCCUGCUUCGCCUGCCAGGCCUCUCUCAAUUCAUGCCAUUCAGGCCUCCUGUGUGCGAGUCAAGCCGCCCGCCCUCUCCUGCAUGCAGAUCCUGACACUGUGGACAGACAGCUUUUAUCGGCUCCUGUGAGCAGAAGGAGAUUGUCUCUUUGUUGUCCCUUCUUGUCCUCCUUCUUCUCCGCUCCUAUCUUCUCCUUCCUCCCCCCCUCCUGUCCUCCAGCCCUGCAUUUUUUUUAAUAUGGGCGCACUCGAUCGAUAAUGUGUUUCGCCAUUCGUUUCAACUGACAGUUCAACCGUGGAGUGAGGCCGUGGAGAGACCUGGUUUGAGUGUUUAAGAGAAGGGACGAGAGAGAGAGAGAUAUUACAAAGCAGACUUCUGUGGCCGUCGCACGCCCAGUCCCUGGGAGACAACGGUAAAGGAUUCCUAUUAAAGUCACAGACAGGCUCUUAGGAUGGGCUGCAGGUGGUAGGCGAACCAGCCCCCGGCCUCACAAGCUUCACUUUAAAACCAGACCUUUGGGACAAAACCUCCUAGAGCUGUCUUUUUCCCAUGUCCUUUACCUGCUCGCUGUCCUCAUUUGUCCCAGCGCCGUUAGAAACCCACAGAGACACUCACACCUGCGUUAGCUGGAAGCCCGUUCCUCCCAAACGACCCCUCCUGCCUGGCUCAAAAUGGCGGUGAGCGUGACUCCGAUUCGGGACACCAAGUGGCUGACGCUGGAGGUUUGUCGGGAAUUCCAGAGAGGAACGUGCUCGCGACCGGACAGCGAGUGCAAGUUCGCCCACCCGGCCAAGAGCUGCCAAGUGGAAAACGGCAGAGUCAUCGCCUGCUUCGACUCACUCAAGGGCCGCUGCUCCAGAGAGAACUGCAAGUACCUGCACCCUCCUCCUCACCUAAAGACCCAGCUGGAGAUCAACGGCAGGAACAAUCUCAUUCAGCAGAAGAACAUGGCCAUGCUGGCCCAGCAGAUGCAGCUCGCCAACGCCAUGAUGCCCGGCACGCAGCUGCAGCCAGUGCCCAUGUUCUCCGUCACGCCCAGCCUUGCAACCAGCGCCAACGCCGCCGCCGCGGCAGCCGCGGCGUUUAACCCUUACCUUGGCCCCGUGUCGCCCAGCCUGAUCCCCGCUGACAUCUUGCCCAGCGCCCCGGUACUGGUCACCAGCAACGCCAGCGUCCCCGUGCCCGCCGCCGCCGCCGCCGCCCAGAAGCUCAUGAGGACGGACAGACUGGAGGUCUGCCGGGAGUACCAGCGGGGCAACUGCACCCGCGGGGAGAACGACUGCCGCUUCGCCCACCCGGCGGACAGCACCAUGAUCGACACCAACGACAACACGGUCACCGUGUGCAUGGACUACAUCAAGGGCCGCUGCUCCAGGGAGAAGUGCAAGUACUUCCACCCCCCGGCUCACCUGCAGGCCAAGAUCAAGGCCGCCCAGCACCAGGUCAACCAGGCUGCGGCUGCUGCAGCCAUGACUCAGUCGACUAUCAAAUCACUGAAGCGACCCCUCGACGCAACUUUUGACCUGGGGCUCCCUUCUGUCUUGCCUCCUUUACCAAAGAGACCUGCACUUGAAAAAGCCAACGGUGCCACCACUAUGUUCAAUGCUGGCGUUUUCCAGUACCAACAGGCCCUGGCCAACAUGCAGUUUCAGCAGCAGGCUGCCUUCAUACCAUCAGGCUCGAUAUUGUGCAUGACACCUGCAACAAGUGUUGUACCCAUGAUGCACGGUGCUACUCCGGCCACUGUGUCCGCAGCCACCACAUCUGCCACAAGUGUUCCCUUUGCAACCGCAACAGCCAAUCAGAUUCCAAUAAUAUCUGCAGACCAUCUGACUAGUCACAAGUAUGUGACCCAGAUGUAGGACUCUCACUCAGAACAAUGGAACUGGAGCCUGCUGGAGUUGAGUCCAGGAUCAGUGGACGCCCAUCUCGCCUGUAACACGGAGUGAACCGAACCCUAGGCGGUUUGGAGUGAGUCUGCACGUUAACCUGGGAGGCGCCGGUUGGCCAGGAUGGUUCCCACGUGUACUUCACGCACAUACACGACAACAGAAAAGAGCAUCAUUUUGCAUUACAGACUGCCUUUCUCUCUGCAGAGGCAACCUACCUUUAUUCACCGGACACACUUUGAAUGUUAACAUGAGGUAUAAGCGGCGCAACCGUCGGUACGUUACGUCCACUGACUUAAGUUGGUUCAUCCGUUGGUCGUCGGUGUGUUCAUUUGUUUACGCAAAGGUGCGACGUGUGUUUCAGUGGAGGAAACUGAAGCAGACCAUGGCUGAGUCACAUAUGCAUGCAUCGAUUUCCUUUCCUUGAUUUUAGUUUGUCGAAGCAGCGAUAAAGGGAAAAUGGCGACUGAAUGUGUGUGAGGUGUGUUUCAAGCAUUUGUAGCCGACCUUCGUUUCCUGAGCACACGUCCUGGCGCUUGUCCCUUCAAAGUGCCAUACGUCUCAUCUCCGUCUCCACCAAUGGUGUUAAAGCAGCGUUACGCAGUGUUCAACCUAAUGGCUCCCUUUAAUCGCUCGGCCGGACAGCAUGUAGUGUCAUGACCUGUGACCACCAUCAGCACCUGCCUCCCCAGACUCCGUGUUUCCUCGCAUCACAUCGUCUGCUGAAUGAAGACUUUGUGCGUUUAGCCCAGACUUUACCGCUGGUUAGACAGGAAACCAGUGGGUUUCACAGACACAGGCUUCUUUCAUGUUCAUUCAAAGUCAACUUAACAAAAUAUAGAUUUAUGUGAGAACGUUUAGAAGCAAAAGGGCCAUGAGUUAGAAUCCAAACUGCUGUGAGACGGACGUCAGAAUGUGUGUUUGAUUUGAUUUGAUUUGUUAUCCAUUUAUUUGCUUGAACGUGUUUUAAGGGCAGGUGGCAGAUGCAGGUUCAGCGUCGUGUACAUAUAUUCUGACAUAUUUAAGAAUAUUUGAUUGAUACUUCUACCUGAGAACUGUUUUCAGAUAGUCAGCCAAAGUCUUUUUGUGUUACUGUUGUUGCAUAUUGUGUGUAGACUAGUGGGGCUAAACAAUAAAAAAAAAAGAGUGGGCCACCUCAGCGGGGCCUGAAGGGGGGGGGGUGGAUCCUGUGUUGUGGGUGUUCUUCAGGCAUAUUUAACUGAUGGAUAGUGAAGGGAUCGUGGCGAGAAAAUAAAACGAUUGUAUUACUCAUCCAAAGCCUUAGAAUGUACCAUCGGGUCAGCACAAUGCAACACGCCAUUCUGAAGCAUCCAGUUGCCUAGUCCACGCCAUACUAACACAUGGAGCACUAUGUACGUCUCGCCUUUUUUUGUCAGUGUUUUCUUAACUAUCUUGUAGUUCUUUUGAAUUUUUUUUUAGACGAGUGUUCGUUUGAAUGACGUUUGGCCUUUGAGUUCGACUUCUUCUAUUUAUCUUUCGGAUAAUGAAUAUAAAAGUGUGUAUUUGCGUGUUUCCUCAUGCACAGUUUCCUGAAAUUCCAUGUAAUGUUGAUUUUAGUAUGAUUAUGAUUGUAAACUUGAUAUUUUCUACGUUAUGCAUAUUGUUGAGCUGUAUGCAUAUUGUUUCAUUUCUUAAGUCGAUUUGUGUUCUUUGAACAAAGAUGUUUUAUAUGAGUAUCUAACGGUGAUGACAUAAUAGAACAGAGAGGCCGGGCUGUCAAUGUGGCAGCCGUCGCCGAUAACUGAGUAAUAUUUUAAUGAUUGUAAGGUUUGUAACUAGUCAUAUAAGAAAAAAAAGACUAUUAUAAAAAUCUAGUUCUUAGAUGUUUAGAGUAAAGAUGUUAUUUUCUACUGUAUCCAUUUAAAAAAAAGUAACUAUUGUUUUAAUAUUUUUACUCUCCCUGGAAAUUGGGCCAUGUUGGAAAACAAGCUGCAUAUUAGAUCACUUUCUUGGGGGCGUUGCUGGCGGGGUCAGGUGAACGUGGCCUAGUGAGUGAGUGCCUACACUCAUCUCUUGCUCAGCCAACUGCAAACAACACGGGCGGGGUGGCGGGGGGAUCUCCAGGCGACAACAGAGGUAGAGGUUGACUUUUUUGCACUUCUGUACAUAGUCAAAAAAGAGAGAAUCAUGUAUAUUAAGAUCUUAUUUUGAAUAAAAAAAUUAUGUCUAUAACGACAAGGAAUUUUGCUAGGAUAACAAAAAAAAAAAUCUUGAAAGGCUGAACAAAAUUGCUUGCAUCAAAAAGGGCACUGAGUUCUCGCUCUCCUACCCCUUUACGGAAAAAGGCCAAGUGUUGCUUUUCUUUUUCGUCAGCAGCUUGUAGUUUGCCAGGUAACCUUCCGGAGGAGGCGCCCACUGCCCUCCAGCGUAAGGGCCUGACUGGGUUUGUCCGGUCCCUUAACCUGCCUGUACCGACAGGUGUGUGUGUCAGGGCCACGCCCUCCCAGGCCCAACCAAUCACAAACCGUCCUGUCUCUUCACUUUACUCUGAGAGGAAUGCAUGUUAAAGGACUUACAUAUACCGUUAUAAAAAAAUCACGACACAGUAAUACUGAGUAAGAAAACAUGUUACACAGAAAGAUGUAUUUACAGUAUACAAUAUUCUAUCAAUGUAAUGGAUUAAAAUAUAUAUAAAAAACACAAAAAUAGAAUAGUGGUUUAUUUAAAAAAAGAUUCCUGAGAAUAUACUCACUAAAGUUUCACCACUUGGAGAGUUUAAAUACAUGCAACACAAACACCAUAGCUAUAAGUAUGUUCUUUAUGUUGAUGUAAGCUGUGCUUUUAGUAGAUGAAACCAGACCUGAAAACAGUCCCGUUAGAAACUCUCUCCGUCCUCACUCAUCUCCUACAAGCACGCAUGCUUACGCUUACGAUAGAAUGUAAACUGAACUUUUUUCUUUCCUUUGUCGUUUGUUUUCUCGCUCGUAGUGCUAAUAUGAUAUAUUCCGUCUCCUGCUGCAGUUUGUUUCCGCUUGUUUUACUGUUUCCGGGCCCUUUGAAAGCGUGUGGCACGAUUGCACGUUCGUAAAAAAAAAAAAGCGUUGGCAGAGGAGGGAAAAACGCAGGUCGCUACAGUCUAAAGCCAUAAACUAUGAUCGCAUCGCGACGAAGAGGGUGAGAAGGACGAGAUGGUGCCCUCUGGAAUGUGUCCGCUGGGCUUUUAUUAAGCAACACUCUAAUAACCAAGGUCAUGAAUGUAAUGUAUUAAUUACCUGCGUUGUGCCAACUUAGAUGGAUCCUGACUUCGUGACACAUUUUUUCACUGGGCCUGCAUUGCUAUAUUUGAUUCUUGCUGUUAUGAAUAAAAAAAACAUAAUAAAAAUUUACAAAUGAACAGA